ACAAUAACACCCCUUAUAUUUCUGCCGGUUUAAUAACAUUAAAAUUUAUAAUUGCUUAACGAUAAUUAUUGAAAAAAGAGGAAAGAUGGUCUCAGGUGGAAGGCCUAAACAUAACUUUUGGGCGGAGGGUGAUUUUGAGAGACUCGAAGGUUAUCGAUCAAAAUGCAAAGUGUGUGGCAAAACCUGGGAGAGCACAGCACAGGAGAGGUUAAAAGCCCACAGAAAAAAAUGUUCAGCUGAUGGAUAUUUGGACACACUUGAAUCAAGUACAACAGGCCUGCGCACUUCUGAACAUCAGAAAGGUCCCGAUGAUCCUGAACAUCACAUUCCUUUGGAUAAUGUCCCUCAAACAGCAUCCGGAUUGCCUGCGACAACAUCUAUUCACACUUCUAGUCCAUCAUCGGCUCUACCAAAUCGAAAACGUAAGAUGGGCAACUACAUCGACAGUAUUACUGAGAAACAGCAGAAAGAUAUCGAUCUCGCUCUAGCUAGACUCAUAUACGCUGAGGGUUUAUCGUUUCAAAUAGUUGAAUCAAGCUACUCCAAAGCUCUGACUUCCAAAAUGAGGCCGUCUUACGUUCCCCCGUCCAUCGAAGCUCUGGCUACGGAUAUUUUACAAAUUGUCCAUGACUCAGUUGGAAAAGAUCAGAAACAAUUAGUUUCUUCAGAUUGUAUCUUUAUACUCUCGAAUGUCAAACUUGAUCCAGAGCCAUUUGGACAAUUUGCGGGAAUUAUUGUAACACAUGAGAAUAAGACGAUGUUCCUCAAAACCUGGGAUAUUCAAGGUGGACAGCAAUUUCAAUCUCUCGAAACACAGAUAAUUGCUGAGGCAAUAGAGCUGGCACGAGAGAAACAUAAUAUGGAAAUAUAUGCUGUAGUCUUAGGAAGCAAGGCGAUGGAUUCCAGUGUAGAGAAAGAACCACAAAUUUGGUAUUUUAUUGAGACUGGUGCAUGGAUCGAAUUGCUGGCUCAGUCUCUCGACCAUACGCACCAAUGCAGUCAACUGAAAAAAGUAGUCGCUGAAUUGAAUCAACAAUUCAUCCAAGAUGACAUCGUCGAUCGUGGAGGAACAGUUCUACCAUCCCUUCGAGGGGAUUUUACUAACUCUUGGCAAUAGCGAAGACAGCUGUAUUCUUGGUAUGUUCAGAACUUGUCGAUCUUGAAGAAGCUUGUAGGAGAGGACAAAAUCAAGUUGCGAGGUAACAUACCAAAACUGUUCGAUUCACUUUUCGAAGAACACGUAAAGAAUUCCCUCGAGGAGAUGACUGCUCUCUUCUCUUUACAUGAACGAUGUCAAGUAGCUCAGAUCAACAUGGGAGAGUUGGCUGAAGAGUGGCUUCUAUUGGAGAAGUCACUGACUGAUGUUAAUUUCAAUUUUGAGGAGGUAUUGUCUCCAGCCAUGCUUGCUGCGAAUUUUUUUCACCACAAGUAUCGUGGACAUCUGUUCGUCGAAAAUCAAACUCGAAUGAUACAAAUGGAGCAGUUCAUAGUAGAGGUGCUGUCUGAGGAGGGAUUAAAUGGUUUACAAAACACGAGGAAAUGUGUUUAAUGAAUUAUUCAAGAAGAAGUUGAAGUCAUGUAAGUUGUUCUGGCAAAUUGCUUCUACAAAUUUUCCCGAGCUGGGGAAAUUCGUUCUUAGACUCUUCGCAAUCCCGCUGGUAGCCAAAGACCUUUGCCUGGAAGUGGUACCUUCCAAUGAUCUAACCCCCAAUCGACACCAGAAGUUGAAAGAGGUGCAUUACCAUCUGAGAGUUCAAGAUGUGAAGUAAAGUAAUGUAUGACUUGCGAAAAAAAUUUCUUUAAAAAAAGAAGUUAAGCUUUAAACCAAUGUAUUAUUUGCGAGACGAUGUUCUUAAAACAAAAGCAGUUUAACUUUACGUUGAAAAUAUUCGAGUCUUCUGAAAUUUAGACUGAUUAUGGAUAGCUAUUUGUUUAAUAAGCUGAAGGUUAUGGCGAGAUAUUCUCAGGAGGGAAUACGUUAUUUUCCCAGUUUUUUAUUCCAUGAUGAAGCUUAUUUCCGAGGAAAAUACUAAGGAGUGGAUUAUUCAAUGUCUUUUCUUGUUCUAAAUGUUUUUUCAAUAUAUAAAACUUGUUGGUACAAUUAAGAUUUUUUUAUGUUAAAACAAACGUAAGUGGAGGAUUUGAUAUUGUUUAUCAUAAACACCGUUCAUUGAUGAAGAGCAGAAUUGAUUGUUUGACAAUAUUCAUGUAUCGAGUACAUGGAACCGACACGAUGUUUUGUUUAGAAGUUCUAAUAAAAAUUAUUCUCACAAUGAAA